UAGUUUCCCUGGCAACGUAAACCCAGGGCCCGGCGCGUGGAGCUGAGAACUGUGUGUGGCGCGGAGGCUUCGGAGCUAGCUGGGUGGCUCGGCCGGUAAGGAGCUCCUUUAGCCGAGGUCACACUUUGCAUCAACCCAUUGGUCCUCAGCAAAGAUGUCCAAGUCACCAUCCACUACAGUCUCCAAAAACGUGACCUAUACUAAACACAACCCGGAAUCCAUGAAAAACAGUUCUUCAGUCACUGAAAACAAAACAGAGAAACAGACAAAAAAAGACAGAGGUAAACUUCAAGCUGGGAGGCUGCAGUCCAAGUCAUUAGGAGAGCUUGGGAUCACUCCUAACCCUGAAGCUAAUCCUUUCCACCUGUCUGGGAACGUGGAUUUCUUCGUGCUCAGAGACCAGGAGCGGAACAGGGCUCUUCAAGAGCGUGAGCAGAAGAAGAGGAUGCAUGCAUACGAGAAGAUGACCUACUCCUCCAAGGUGUGGGCCAAGCACACCAGCCUGCAUCAGGAGCUGCAGCAGGGGGAGGAGGCUGAGGACCAGGCCCAGCAGCAGCGCGCCGUGCAGGAUGCCACUACCUGGAAGCUCACCUGGACCAGAGAAAAGAAGGUGUUACCUGAGGACUUGGGCAGCUUCCUGAACCGCCAGCGCCAGCUGUUUCUCCUGCAGUAUGCCCUGGAGGUGAAGCAGAGUGAGAUUCAGCAGCUGGAGAUGGUGACAGAGAGGGAGGAGGCCAGGCUGGAGCAGGCGGAGAAGGCCCUGGAGAAGGACGCAGUCUUGUUUGACGAGUUCCUCAGGGAGAACGAUCGCAGCUCUGUGCAGGCCUUACGGAUGGCUGAAAAGGAGACCAAAGCCAAGGUGGAGAAGAUCAUUGAGUUCCGGGAACUCACCACUCAGAUCAUGAAUAUCAAAAGUGAGAUCUCCAAAUUCGAAGACACUCUGCAUCAUUACAAGAUCUAUAAGGAUUUCCUAUACAAGUUGUCACCCAGGGAGUGGUUUGAAGAACAGGAGAAGAAAUACUUGGCUCUCAAAAAGGCCAAGGAGGUCGUGGAGCCCCCCAAAGAGAACAGUGUUCUCUUGCCUGGGGACAAAAGUAGCAGAAAAGAGGAUGCAGGAUCCCAGGGACCAGGGAUUAAGGGCAAGAUACCCCACCUGGGGGCCAGAGAAAGCCAGGGCAAAAAGAAGUCCUCAAAGUUUCUGCAAGGGAUACGGCUGGGAUCGGACUCGUUCAGUAUCAACAAUUCCCAGCAAAACAGCAGGAGAGGGUCGAACUCUCUCGUCCCCCAGCAAGAGGACAGCGACAGCGACGGGGAGGAGCUGGAGCUCUACUUCACGGAGCCCCAGCAGCUCCUGGACGUCUUCACGGAGCUGGAGGAGCAGAACCUGUCACUGAUCCAGAACACGCAGGAAAUGGAGGAGACCUUGGAAGACCUGGGCCGCAGCUUGAAAAACACCAAGAUCCGCAUGGACAAGGAGAUCAACCAGCUGAAGCAGUGGAUGACCACGAUGAUGAUGUCCAUCACUAAGGAGGAGGAAACAGCUGCUGAGCUGGAGCUCAAAUCCCGAGUCUUUAACUAUGGCGAGUACAAGGGUGUUCAGCAGGACAAGCUGCUAGAGAGCCUGAACCUCAAGGUGCUGGACGUGUACCAGCACUGCACCGGCACCCGUCAGGAUGCCAACCUGGGCACCGUGCAGAUGCUGACCAUCAUUGAGCACCAGCUGGAUGAGCUGCUGGAGAACCUGGAGCACGUACCCCAGGGCAAGAUUGAGCAGGCUGAGAAGGCCAAGGACAAGGAGCGGCGUUCGAGACUUCGGGAAGAGAAGGCCAAGAUACAAAAGAUGCUGCAGGAAGAGCGUCUGCAGCGUGCUCAAGCCCGGGCCCGGGCCAAGAUCAAGAUGAAGAGAGGCAGGAGACUGGUGUGCCGCUCCCAGCCCCCAGCCCUCAAAACGAAGGCGGUGUCUGCACACACGCAGAUGGACAAGGACAAGGAAGAGAUGCUGUUUUUCUUCACCUAAACCCCACAGAGCCACGAGAUUGGUUGAGGCUUAGUGAAGACAUAGCAGAGGAGGCAGAGGGCCUGGGCUGGGUCGUGAGUGGACAGCCCGGGCCACUCGGUCCCCUUAUGUGCCCUCUGCACUCACCUGAAAUAAACCCUUGUCUCCUUGGUGUCCUGACAGCCUGUUUUAGGAAGCAGCCCACCCGCUGACCAAAUCUCAGAGGCAGUCUUUGUCAUCACUAGCCCUAAGCAGAUGCCCGAGGGGUGAAACACGGCCUUGGUACUCAUCUGGAAUAGCUGUUUUGCAGCUUGGUGCCUGUAGUACAAUGGUUACGGUGCCAGCCACAUACACCAAGGAUGGUGGGUUUGGGCCAACUAAACAACUGAACAACAACAAAAAAAUAGUUGGGGGUGGCACCUGUGGCUCAAAGGAGUAGGGGGCCGGCCCCACAUACCAAGGGUGGCAGGUUCAAACCUGGCCCUGACCAAACUGCAACAAAAGAAUAGCCGGGCAUUGUGGUGGGUGCCUGUAGUCCCAGCUACUAGGAAGGCUGAGGCAAGAGAAUCGCUUAAGCCCAGGAGUUGGAGGUUGCUGUGAGCUGUGACGCCACGGCACUUUACCCAGGACCAUAUAGUGAGACUGUCUCAAAAAACAAAACAAGAAAACCCCAGCUAUUUCGGGAGAGACAAAUGCCAGCUCUACAUUGGGAUACAGUGUGGGGUCAGCCCAGUGCCAAGACAAAAGAAAAACAGCAAACUGGGCAGAUGGAAGGGUUGUAAAUAGAAGGGAGAAAAAUUACUUCUACACCACAUACACAAUACAUUGAAUUAAGCCAUGAUGAAAUCUUUGGUGCAUUGUCUGUAAAGAAGCACUUACCCAUCGCCAACAGGGAGCCUCAGUGCCCAAAAAACAGCAGCCAGUCUCCGUGCCUGGUGGUAGUACUCACGGUGCGUGUGGAAGGAAGGCACAGCCCGGAGCAGUGUUUCACACCUAUAAUCCUAGCACCCUGGGAGGUUCACUUGGGCUAACAAGUUCGAGACUAACCAAAGUGAGAGUGAGAUCUCAUCUCUACCCAAGGCGGGUAUAGCUGGGCAUGAUGGCGGGUGCCUGCAGUUCCAGGAGGGAGGCUGAGGGAGAAGGAUCACUUGAGCCCAAGAGUUUGAGGUUGCUGUGAGCUAUGACUCCAUGGCGCACUAUCAAGGUGACAGAGUGAGACUCUGUCUUAAAACAAAGGAAAAAAAAAAAAAACCAUGGCCUGGGCAAAGCCUCCUCCCUGGAGAUGGUGUGGUAGAGCCAUGACCACUGGCCGGCAGCCCUGCUAGGAUCCUAUGGAGGGAGGCGGCCUACCACGUGGGCAAGUUCAGCCCCUGAACUUUAGUCUGUGAUACAGCACAGCGGUCAGAGGAAAGAGCCACUAACAGAUGGGAUAAGCAGCACCUGGUGCAUGGCACACAGAGCCAGACAGAGAGAGGGCUCACACUCAAACUUUGUGUCAUUCCCAGAAGUCAGAGUCCCCAAAUUCAAGGAACAAAAUCAAAACACAGAAUCUGGAGGAUUCCAAGUCUGAGAACCCAAAUAGCAUCCAAAUAAACAUACUUCAAAAGGCACAAGGCAAAAAAAGCA